UCAAUACAAUACCAAGGUCAACCUCGUCACGCUUCUUCCGAGUCCUCUCUUUCUCUCCCAAGUUCCAAGAAAUAUACUCCAACAAUGAACAAACAAUACUCCUUGUUAUUGGACGGAUCGCCUUAGGACAAUGACGGAGCUUCUUGUUUGUUUGUUUUAUCCGUUGAAUAGUCUCAGAAUUCAAGGCAAAGAAGGCACAGGGGACAUCAUCAGGUAGAACAUGAACAUGCUCAAUCGUAUUCUUCAAGUUUGAGCAGACCAUCACUUAGGUGAGGGGCUUCCCAAAAGAAGGCUAGAUCUAGUGUCACUUGAGGUUUACUCAUCCCAAAUUAAUUGAGAUUCCCUCCUCAAUGAGUACUUGUCACAAAGAGGUGAAAGAGGUAGGCACGAUGGCCAAAGCAAUAGGCAACAAAAAUGCAAGCUUUUUAAAGUUAGUGGUGGAGAGAGCAUUGUCAAUGGAAGAGAAAAAGAAGCAACAAGAGGCUCUAGUCCCCUAUCUUCCUAAAGACUGCAUCUCAAACAUUCUUGUUCGACUUCCUAUUGACUCUCUUCAAAGGUCAAGGCUUGUUUGUAAGGCAUGGUAUACCAUAAUUAAUAGCCCCAUUUUUAUUGAUGCCCAUCUACGUCGAUCUGAGUCUGUUUUGAUUUUUCUAUCAUCAAUUAAAAGAGGGAGCUUGUACAGUUCUCCUAUGGCAUUGAUCCCACCAGAGAAACCAAAUACCAUUUCAGUUGAGGUGAAAUCUCUUCAGUCAGAAUGUGUCCCUGUUUUUGGGCUGCCAAACUUGAGCCCCUUCUUAAAGUCUUAUAUUCAGUGCUUGGAAAUUAAUGAUGGAAAGAGCAAAAUCGGAGAAUAUAAUAUAAGUUGCUUGGGAAAUAUCAGGGCUACUUGCAAUGGUCUAAUCUUGCUUGAUGACAAACUGAAGAAAGGAGGACUAAUAGUAAUGAAUCCCGUGACUAGGAAGUUGAUUGCACUUCCUCUGGGUACUUUAUUUCCUGCUCAUGUUGAAUCUUAUGGCAUGGCAUUAAGCAGUGCUACUGGUGAAUAUAAAGUAAUUCACUUGUUUCAGGAUGAGCUAGGUUUUAUCGGUUGUGAGACCUUAAUUGUUGGUACGAGAUUAUGGAGUUGGGUGAAUGGACCUUCUUUUGGACUUGUUAGCUGGUUUGGUUGUGAGCCUGUUUCAGCAAUUGGAGCUAUGCACUGGGUUCCUCAUAUUGAUCAUAGUGAUUACGUAGUGUCAAUGGAUGUGGACGAGGAGAAGUUUCAUACAACACCACUCCCAAAAAGUUGCAGGACUCAUGAUGGGAUUAUCGAGAUGGGUGGUUUCUUAAGUUUUGUGACUCAUGAAGAAGUGAACCAAAUAGACAUUUGGAUCUUGAAGGGCUUAGGUGAGGCCUGGACAAAGCAACAUAGUAUCACUAUGGGAUGUAUAAUGGAUAUGUUUCCCUUUUUCAGUUUGAGGAUGAAAGGAGAUGUGAUUUUUAAGAGGGAAGAAGAUGGAUCAUUUUAUGCUUAUGACUUCCAGCUUCAAGUGAUGACAAGAAUUGAGAUGGAAAAUGGACGCUUCCCAUUGUCAUGUUCAUUUCUGCCUCAUGUGAAUAGUCUUGUUUCUUGGUCUAGCCGGGAGGGAAGUCAGGAUUUGUGCAAUUGAUUUGUUCCUCGGCGAGCUACACAAAUUAGCAAAGUUAUGGCAUGUAUUCCAUAUAAUCACUACAAUAGGACACAUCUCCCCUCUUUUCUCGACGUUUUCUCUAUGCUUUUGCGACUUCUGUAAUGUUAUGCCUCUACUGUAUAUAGUGAUUGAAAAGUAUUCUAUCAAUGAAUGCAUUUAGUAUCC